ACGUUCGGAAAAAAAGGCUGUCCAGCGAAAAAUGAAGAUCGAGAUGGCACAGGACGGCGAAUACUUCAGUAUAGGAAGUAUCGUAAGCUGUACGACAUGUUAUAACCAGAAAUUACAAGGAGAAGUACUCGCUUUUGAUGAAGGAACCAAAAUGCUUGCAAUCAAAACUUCAGCGGCAAGUGGGAAACACAACCGUCAUGACAUCCGAAUGGUGAACCUGACAUAUGUGAGUGACGUCAAAAUCAUUCAGGAGUCCGAUGAGCCUGCCCCAGCAAUGGCCAGUCUUAACUUACAGAAGAUUACUACCAGAUUGAGGGAAAAUCUGGAGGCAAAAAAGCAGAAAGUAAAUUACAUUGGAAUAGGAGUGAGUGCUGAUGGACAGAAGGUGUUUAAUUCCAUUGUGAAAACACUAAAUGAUUCUAGAUGGGAGGGCAAGAACAUUGUUGUGAUGGACGAGGUGUCAAUACGCCCACCCUAUAAUGUGGAGGAUUGCCGUGGCAGGGAUGGACAACUGUUAAGUCAUGUGAAAAAAAUUGUUCGUAAACACCAUGUAACAGAGGAGGGACAAAAAACAGAAUCACGCAAGUCAAUGUCCCCAUCGUCACCUUCACCAGUGUCUUCUUGAAUAGCGCAAGCCAGGAAAAAAGAAAUUCAAAACUUCAACACAGCGUAAUCUCAUACAUGGAAUACAAACAGCAGUGACAGAUAUUUCUUUUGUCAAAAGUUAUUUCCAACAAUAACAUCUUAAUUAAUUGUACAUCUGUCUAAUUUCGAGAACUAUUUAUUUUUCUAGACAUUUACAUUAAAACAGAUCACAAGCAAAACAGUUGCAUACCAGUAAUACAUUGUGUAACAAAAUAAUAUGACUUAAAAAUAGUCAUAAAUAUAGAUAGGUUUACUCUUUUUGUCUGUCUAUUCUUGUAUUUAAUUAAUAUAUAUAUAUUUUGCAAAGAAUGGAAAGUUCAAUAUAGAAAAAAAUAUGUGAACAUAUUAUUUCAAUAUGGCUUACAUUUUUGGCAAACUGUGGAAAAAGCAUUAUAGUAUCAUGUUAAUGAACAGCUGUAUGAAGAAAUCCUGAAUACAUAUUUCCAUUUUUGCAUAAGGAAACAAUCUUUGUAUGGAAGGUACUAAGUACUUGUACAAUGUGUACUUCUGAUGUCACGAUCAGGUAAUCUUUAGUCUUUGAAGAAUUCAUUUCAGUGAGAGUUACACUACCUAUAAAACAUGUUUUUUUGUGAAAAAUGUUUAUCAAAAAAAUAUAAUGCAUUUAUAAAAACAAAAAAACUGUAGUUUUCUACAUUUGCUUUAAGUUAACUUAUAUUUUUUCUUUGAUUUUUAUUUUUUUCUUUAUGUUUUUUUUUUUUAACUUUGUGUUUGGAGCUCAUGAUCAUGAUGUAAGAUGUCCCCUGGCAGGUACAGAGAAUUUGAAGAUUUGGCUAUCUACCACAAAUAAAAUUAUGAGCAAAUAGUCUGUCACCAGCCUUUAUUUUCAAAUUAAAUAUAUCUUUUGAUAUGUUUUUAUUUAAUAAUCAUCAAUGUAAUAAUUUGAAACAACGUUUUGAACAAAGAUUUUGAUGCUUGAAAUAAUCAUGCGUAUCAUAAAGAUGGCAGAAAAAACUUGCUAUAUGCACCUUUACACAUAGGGUUUACACUGAGAUGUUUGAAUAACAGGAUUUACUAUGGUUUCUUACUCAUGAUAAGCCAUAUGUAUGCAUUAAAGAGUUUAUUCAUUAACAAAGCUGCACACAUGUGGAUUUUAACAACACUCAGAACAGCAAUUUUUUAUUUUCGAUUUUUGUUUCUAUGCACAUUUUAUAUCUGUGCUAUUUUACUGUUCUCUGUAUGGUCGCUAAAGACAGUAAAAACUGGAAAAGUAGUUUGCGACUUUAUGUGUUCUUGUAUUACGUUGAUGAAUUUUGUAUAAGAAGUAAGUUAUGUGUAUAAAAACUGUUAUGUGCUGUAAAAGAAAGCAUUUCAGUGCAAAUACGUUGACCGUAACCAAAAGGCACUGUAUGUAUAUAAUUUAACAGUUACUAUACAGGUUAAUAAAAUUACCUGAAUGAAAUAUGUUUUGACAGUCAAAAAUGUCUUCAAAGUUUAAUUCACAGACAUUAGCUUCAGUUACAUUAUCAUUUGAUAUGCUUUAAAAGGGAUACAAUAUUUUGCAGGUUUUGUAAAUUUUUACCUUUAAAUAUUAUGUCAAUACAUGUGUGUUAUAUUCAUUUUAGUAAUCACAGAGUAGAUUGGACUCUGGUAUGAAAAAGAUAAAUUUUGUAAUUAGACAGCAUACAGCCUUAGGUCUCUAUAUGUCAUAAAAAAAGUGACAUACACCAUUAAGUCUGUAUAUCACAACAAGGUAACAUACAGCCUUUUUAUAAGUCACCAUGUCACAGUAAUUAAAUUAAAAUAUAAGGUAAAGUUUAUGUAAAGCUUUUAGUGUGACUGUCCAUGUCCCAGUUAGGUAUCAUACAACCUUAAGUCCCUACAUCACUACAAGGUAACAUAGUCAAUAUGUUUCAAUAAGAUAGUGUACAGCCUUAAGUGUGUAUGUCACAAUAAAAUAGCAUACAGCCUUAAGUCUGUAUGUCACAGUAAAACAACUUGCAACCUUAACGUUGAAAAGUCAAAACACGGUCUGUGGGAUUUGCCAGACACCCUUAAGAUCCAUCGUUUAAGGUGUGAUGCCUGAUAUCAUAGGCUGUAUAUUUUCACUAGGAAGUUUUCGUUUUCAACUGAUCACCCAGAAAACUGGGUUUUUUUUUCCUGAAUGAGUAUGUAACUGAAGCUAAAUCUUAAAAUGAUUAUGAUAUGCAGAGUUUCUACAUUUUGGUCUUUAAUGUGUUUUUGUCAUCCGGUCUAAGCUGUACCUAUUCUGUGUAUAUGCAUUUCCUCGGCUGCUGUGCUGCCCUUUCUCAAGUGACAGCUUCUUGAUCUUCCAUCCUAGUGAUUCUGGGAUAAUAUCUUCUUUAUUGUCCUGUUUCUUAGCUUUUAGAUACAACUUUUUGUGAUAUAAUUUAAUUCACAAAUGUAUUUCCAAUAUAAUAAUGUGGGGCAGAGGCACAGAAAUUGAUGAUAAUGAUUGGAGACACUAGUUCAGGUCUAUCUAUCUUUCUUAAUAUCAGUCUCUGUAUUUGUUAGAUUGUGUAGUACCAAGAAAAAGUGCUUUCCACUCCACACAUACAAUCUGGGAUAUGCUUUAUAAUAGCCUGAAAGAACUACAAUCAGACAGAAAAACUUUGAUUUAAGUUAUCAUUUUCAAGGGGUCGCUGUUCCAUUUUUUGAACAUUUUCUAGGGAAGAAGGAAUUUGCAAAAAAUCAGAUGCUUUGAAACUAAGGGUAAUAGAAAAAUUAUUGUCUUUAACAAUUUCAGAAAAAUGCAUACUUCAAGUAAAACUGUAAAAUUUUGAACCAUAGAAAAUAGAUGUUUUACAGAUGAUCAAUAUUAUACAGCAAUAUCUUUCAGGAGGAAUUAUGCAUAUAUUGUUAAAAAAUUGCACAUUCUUCCUUGUUUUAGAAAACAAAUUCUUUCUGCUGAAAAUAAAUCACCAUAUCUAGCUAUUUGUUAAGUAGUGUGUUCAGUUUUGAAAACUGGGGAAUUCAGAUGUUUGGUAUGGUUGUGAUAUAAAUUAUUUAUGCUAGAAGACAUUUAUUGAAUAUGUCCAAAAUAAAUUCAUCCGAAAGAUGAUCACUUCUACUUUUAACCUAGACUACCAAGAUCAUAACGUCAGAAGCCCACAAACCUCUGCUGCGGGACACAAGCAAAAUAACAGUCUCAUUGGUAGUCUUUCACACAAACGAAACAGCAGAGCCUUGUAGGUUUCUGAAGGUGUCAAAGGUCAUGAUGUCUGAUUUCAUAACAAGUGUUCAUCUUUAUCUGAUACUGUAAACUUGGUAUGGAUGACAUAACAAAUUUUUGUGGUCUGUUUCAUACGUAAUUUUAUGGUGAAAAAUGAUAUGAAAAUGAAGUUUGUGGUAGACAUAACAUGAUGCACAAAUUUGCCACAGUAACAAAUAGUUGAUAUAUAUAAAUACAUGUACAAUGAAACACUUAUGCCUUUUUUCCUGUAAUGCCUUUUUGGUAAUUUCUAUAGCUAUAUUAUUUCCAACAGUGUUUCAUCAUUUAAUUAUUUUUUUUACACAAUACAUCGCUUAUUUGAAAGAUAAAAGUUGUCAUGAACCAUUUCAGUUGUUUUCUAACAGCAAUUUCCUGUAAAGCAGGGUGGAAUAGAUGAGCAGUGUAUAGGUUAGCUGUAUUCUAUAAGCUGGAGCUGAUCAAUAAUUGAACCAGAAACAUACUAUUGGCAUACAUGCAGGAACACUAUGUAGGUAUUUAGAUUUGUGAUGUUGCUAUCAUUCUCAAUAUAAAUUCAUUUUGAUGGGAGGUGGAAUAUUCAUGUGGAACUCAGCAUAUCAAAUUGAGUGCAAAUUGAUAUCUACACAGAACAAUUUAUAAAACAUAAUUAUCUGGAGAAAAAAACAGCUGGAACCCAUGUCGAUAAGAUUUGCCACAUGUUUGUAUGUAGCUAGAAUUUUAAGGGUGUUAUCUCCCUUUUACUAGUCCUGAAGAACUAUUUCUUUGGUAAAAUAAGACAUUUUGAAGAAAAAAAUCAGUUUUUCAAUUAUAUUAUUUUAAUCAAAUAAAUUUACAGUGAAUGCACUAUAUACUUUUCAAAGCUAUUUAUUUUUAUCAAAAUACAAAUACUUCGUAGACCACAAACACAUAAACAAGACAGACAACACAAAAAGUGUUUUUACGCCCAUGGAAUCAUAAACAGUUUUAUAUCUUUUCGUGCAAACAUUUUAUUUGUUUACUGAUCCCAAAAGAAGUCUGCUUACAGAGUAAACAAGAGAAGGAAAUGUUUAUGUACCAAUGAACAGGGCAGGUGAUAAAAAAAAAAUAAAACACAUUUUCAAAAAAGU